UAAUAAUUGCUAUUGUAUAUGAAUUGAUCAAGUUCAGCAUGUCUUGAUGUUAUAAAAGAAAUAUUGUACCAUGUGUUAUCACGGUAAAGCAUCAAUUCCUUUGAAGAUGUUGUGCUUCCGGAUAUAUUUUGUUUAAUUCAUGUGAUAGCACGGAACAAUCCUCCGAAGCGUAUCUCUCAUCACAGGGAGGCUUAUGAAGAAUCCGAUCCGGAGACAGCCCUGGCACGCUGAGGGGAUUACAGAAAUCCUGAUGGAGAUAUUGACAGCCAACUAGCUUAAUUCCGUUUUAUUGCCAUGCACAUUGAUUUAAACGUUUCCGUUCGGAACGAUAGGCAAAUCUCGGAUUGUAUUUAUAUGCAGCGCAAAACUAUCGAUGAUGUCGUCUGUAUUGGCGAUCAUGUCGAGAAGUUAAAUAUUAAACUUUGAUCGGGUAGUGAUUCUCUGUGUGGAUACUUGAGAUAAAUCACAUACCAACAUGGAGUUUGAUAACGCACCACAUGAUCCCAGUGGGAUCAUACUGGGAUCCGAUCCCAGUCCAUUGCCCGUGGAGGAGAAGAUAUCAUUUUGGAAAUUAUUUAAAAAGCAUAAAAUGUCGGUUCUGGUAGACUGCUUGGUGUUUGGUAUUUUCGGCAUGGGCGUGGCUUUCCUGGGACCCACUUUGUUUGACCUCGGGUGUCAAACGAACUCUGACCUUAAGCAGAUGAACUGGGUGUUCUUUGUGCAGCUUCUGAUGACGAUGAUAGGCUCCAUAUCAGCAGGAUAUCUCACAGAAAGGUUCGUCCCGGCGCACAUCAUGUUGUGUAUAGGCAUGACAGGCCUGCCUAUCACUAUGUUCCUGAUCCCCGCCUGCCACGUGCUCGCCGAGCUGCUCGUCAACCUAAUGGUCAUGGGCUGGUUCAUGGGCUGCGUGGACUGCGUCGCCAACCUGCGCAUGAUACUCAGAUUCGGAACUAAUGUGACGCCAUUUUUACAGGCGAUGCACUUUUUCUACGGCCUCGGCGCAUUCGUGAGUCCCAUGAUUGCCUCCCCCUUCCUGCUGAACAUCGACUGCAGCCCCUUUAUUGACGGCUACGUGCUCACCCCGGCUGAGCAGGUGCAGAAGAACCAGACGGUAACCAUAGCACCACAACCCAAGAUAGUGGACAGGGCCAUGCGCUUGUCGCAUUCGAAAGAGGCGUUCUUUAUUCUCGGAAGUAUACAGCUGGUGAUAACGGUAACCGUCUACUUGGUGGUGUGGCUGGAAAAGAAAUGGGGAGUCAUGUACAGUCCCGCGUCUACUCCUCCCAUCUCUCGUAUUCAAACCACUUCUGCAGAAGGCUUCUCUGAGUAUUCUGGCUCUCGGUCUUUCACGCGGUUUCUCAGGUGUGGCACCAAGGACGUCAUGUUGUUCACCGCCCUCGCGUCCGCUUCUCUCUUCAUUUACGACGGUGUCCAGUCCUCCUAUGCUGACUAUAUUUAUUCCUACGCUGAGAAGAAUGUCAACGGUUUACAGCGAAGCGAAGGCGCCGUCUUAAAUUCCGUCUUCUGGGGUCCAUUUGCUCUUGGAAGACUAUUAGCCGUUGCUGCGUCGACACGGUUCUGUGCGGCGUUUAUGUUGUCCUGUAAUCUGACUGGUUGUGCGGUUGCACUGCUCAUUACGCUCAUUUGGAGAACGAGUAGAGCGGCAGUCUACAUUGGCACAUGCGCGCUGGGACUCUUUAUGUCAAGCAUGUCUCCGACCGCUAUGGCGCUUACAGAACAAUUUGUAAAUGUCAAUGCUGCUAUAACGUCCUGUCUUGUGGUGUUUGCGGCUCUGGGAGAGACAAUUUGUCCAGUGAUAGUUGGAAAUCUAUUCGUGACGGCGGGUCCGGUAAGCUUCCUGGCAUUCUGUUUCUGUAUCAUCCUCGGCGCCGUCGUCCUGUUCCUCAUCCUCGUCUGCCUAGGCCGGAACACAACCAAAUAUAGAGAAAACAGAGGGUCGUCUUUCGUCUGGCUGCGGAAGUCAGCUGCGCCGCUUGGCGAGCAGAUGGAAAUCAAGAACACCUCUGUGAAAUAUUACGCCCCUCAGGAGAACGGUGAGGUCACCACUGACCAAAUUAUAGACCAGGACACAUUGAACGAGGAGCACGCCUUUGGUGACACCUUGCGAUAGUGGUAUUAGAAUGGAGAACUAAUGAUCGGCGCUAUUGGUUACAUGCCUGAGGAACGGAUACGUGAAUUACCGAACGGUUGGCCUAGUCCAAUCUCUAUACAGUUUUAUGUCAGAGAAGCGUCACUUCACGAACGAGAAGUCGCUGUACUUAAAUAAACCUAGACCUGUGGGUUGGACUUUACCGUAUGAACUAUAAAACACCAAACUCUAUUUUUCAAAAGCAAGAAAAGACAAAGUCCAGUCGAGGCGAAAAGUGUCAUCCUUGAUUAGCAUAGCGGACUUCAAAAGCUUAUCUGGGACGACACUUAACGCUCGUGCUUUAAGCCCAGAACGCGGCUCAAUUCAUGUAUAACAAAGACUUAUUCAUACAUUUGGGUAGUUAAACUGAACAUUAUAUUUAUCAGCGUAAAAUCAGAUUGACCCAAGUCUAUCACAAUACAAGUUUCAAGAUGAGCUCGCUUUAUUGUUCUUUUUUAAUGAAAACACAAUAGACAGAAACGGUACGUGGUCGUUUUAAAUCUUGCAUUAGAUAAUAAAAAUAGCCAUGGUAAAUAGCGUAUGCAUCCGAUUGUAUUAUAACAGGGUAACAUCAGUCUGUUAAAUUUUAACCAAUCUUGUUCCUCGUGAAUUAAAAAGUUAAUAAUCUUAUAUAUUCAACGCCGACUGUCUUUUGAAUGAAAUGUCGCUUCUUAAAUGUAAUAACGUUUCAACAUUCUUCCUACGCCAUCAUUAGAACUAGAAGAAAUAACAGCAGACUAAUAUUAUUACAGUAUUCGUUUAUUUUUUAGUGCAUAUAAAACUACAGAGAAUCGUCUUUAAAUAUAGAUUAUACUAGGGUAGUGUCGAUUAAAAAUAAGUUUAGUUUGCGAGCCUUGUUGACCCGAGUCUUGUCGAUUGGUUCACGUUUUUGUUGCCGAUCAAAUUAACAAACGGUAUCCAUAUUCGACAACUACUUUGUAUUUAAUUCAUUCCACCGUGCUCUGAUUUGCAGAGAUGAAAUGAGUCGCGUUCUGAGAAAACUGGGUUUAAUGCAUGUGCGUAAAGUGGCGUCCCAGAUUAGCCUGUGCAGUCCACAAAGGCUAAUCAGGGACGACACUUUCCGCCUUAACUGGAUUUUCGUGUAGAAGAGACUUCAUUUAAACGGAAAAAAACAUAAAAGCGGAAAGUGUAGUCCCUGAUGAGCAUGUGCGGACUGCACAGGCUAAUUUAGGAUGACACUUUACGCAAAUACAUUAAGCCCCGUUUUCUCAGAACGCGUCUCAAAUAAUUAUUAUCACGCGUUCGAUUUUAUUUUGUUUGACCAUCAAUCAUGUUUUCAACAUGACUUUACCGUGAUGCAUGCUUUUCAUUAAAUAGCAUACUUUUGGCUUAAAUUAUCACUCCAACUAGCAUUCCAAACAUUUAGGUCACACAAUAAAUCAUACAUGCAAAUGUGACGGGUAUAAUUCCAAACAAACAACAAAUCUGGCGGACGCAAUCUACUUCCUAGGUUACAUUGUAGUGUAGACGUUGUAUAUUUCUAUACACGUAACUAUUCGGACGACUAUUGUAAGACGUUUUAUAACUUUACAUUAAGUAAUUGUACAUCAAAUUUGCAAACACGGAUGACUAUUUUCACGAAUCAUUCAAGGUCGCAUUCGUUUUCGAGUAUAUGAACACAUUUUGCAAGCAACUGGUUAUUUUGUAUCCUUCUUUUUUAUUAUACAGCAUCAUUGUGAAUGGCAUUAUUGGAAAUCAUUAAAGGAAUGAUAAUCGAGUGAAAAUAUGUGUGGGAGUUGAAAUAACUUUGCAAUCAAGUAUUUGAUUAAUGCUUUUGUGAUCGCACACUCACGUGGCGGAAUUGAAACUCAUUUUACUGUUCCGAUAUCACGUAUGCAGGAUUAAGGGCAAUUUAUAUUAUACAGUAUAUAAAGUUGUAUUUUCCAGAUUUCCGAUAUAAAACUUAAUAAAAUAUAUCAUUAUGAAUUUUUAGAUGCAUUGUCAUUUUCGUAUAAAGAUACAUAUUUGUCUGGUAUUCGCAUUGAUUUGUGUGCUUUUUAAUCACUUCACAUAGGUUUAGUCGGGCUAGGAAAUUGCAAGAUGCGUAACUUUGUUCUUGGUGUACAUGGUAUGUAUGUAACACAACGCUUUAUUUGCCAUUACAUAUGGCUUUAAUAGUUUAUAUUAUUAAAUUUCAGUAAUAGUCAGUUGUGCACUUGAAUCGGGGUAUUGCAAUAUGUAACGGUGUAUCUUAUGCUAUAUAUGUUUUAUGUCAUAUGUGUUUAUUUUCGUAUGUACAGAUCAAAACAUUCAUAUCUUGUUAUGUUUAAAUUUUUGCAAUAUGUGAUUAAAUAUUUACUCAUACAAUCUGAUUUGUUGGAACUCGCAUCAUUUAAAAAAGAAAAUUUUUUAUGAUAAAAAACGAACGUGAAUAACCAAAUUUACAUAGAUCUUAAAAAUCAAGAAAGUAUUAUUACAAAGUUAUAUAAUGUUAUUUACUGUUCAUAUAAUAGAACACGUUUUAUUAUCACGUAUUUAAGUAAUUAUUAAGUUUUCGUCCUCCAUAAUUUGAAUUUGAGAAUGUCUUCUAUUAUUUGCUGAAACAUCGAUGUUAUUUAUCAAUCAUAUUUGUUUAUAUUUUAGAAGCUUGGUUAUUGUGUUGACACAAUAUGAUCCUGUUUAAUAUUGUUUUUGGACAUUGACGGAAUAAAUAUAUAUUGAUAUUUGG